AGACACAGGUCAGAUGAUCGGAUGAUCCGAGCUACAUUGUAAAUAGACAGCGUCGAUGCACCGGGGCCAUGCCUUCAUAGACUCUUUAAAUCACCUCCAAAAGAGCAGAUAUCGGAGACUCCUUGUAUUCCGACAUCGGUUCUCUAGCUGUUUCGGGUCAUUUUGGCGUGUUAAAGUGUUAUUAAAGUAUGUACCGGUCUCUGUACGCCUUCCGAUCCGCGGAGCCCAACUCGCUGCACUUCGCGGCCGGAGAAGGCUUCUUAAUCCUGGAGAGGAGCAACAAACACUGGUGGCUGGGGUCCCGCUGCAGCUCGGGGGAAACCGGCUACAUCCCAUCAUCAUACAUCGAAAAAAUACAGGCUCCAGAGCAGGAUGAUGUGUUGCAGUCUAUUGACAGAGCAAUCGAAGGAAUCCACAAUGUGGCCUUAAAAAAUGGAGGCAAAUACAAUCUGGAACAGAGAGACGUUCUACAAAAGUUGAUCCAUCACAGAAAGGAGACGCUUGCACGACGAAGUUCCUCGUCGUCCUCCGGUCACAAACAAGGCCUCCCAUCUUCCAGCAGCGAAAUAUCUCUCAGUCAAACUCCUCCUCCACCCAAUGGCCUUAACCAAGACUACGGACGACAGGGGAGCGUGCCGCUAUCAGGAAGCGUGGACAAUAUACAGGCAGAACAGGGCUUUUAUCAGGUGCCUCCUCAACCUAGACGUGCGGCUCCGAUUACCCCACCUCCCCCUGAGAAACAGCGAAACAGCCGGCGUCCAGCCGAGCCGGAGGUCCCCUCCAGAGUGUCCUCUCUCCCUCCGUCCCCUGCUCUCUCGCUCUCGAUCAGCACCACCUCUUUAGAGUCUGGCUCCUCCCACUCACCGGUCUCCUCUGAUGUCAGCUUGCCAAGUGUUUCCAGCACCCCCCCUCCUCCUGUGCCUUCCCGUGUGAAGCUCACUGCACUGCCUCCAGACGUGCUUCCCUCUGACUCUGCUCCUCAGCCAGCUCCUGCAAAGAAGAGCCCGGCUCCACAGCCUCCUCCUUCACAGCCCACUGUGGAGGAGCAGCCGGAAAGUGAAUGGCCUGUUGCCCCCCCGUCUAUCGCUGAAAGCCCUCCUGGCAGCCCCACUACCCCUGAGCCAGUUCCCACGACUAUCGGGGGCGAACUGAUCGAGUUGGUACGGAAGAACACAGGCUUGAGUUACGAGCUGUCGCGGGUCGCUGUUGGCGUGGUGGUUGGCCAUCUGCAGACGGCCUUGCCUCAAGCCUCCUCUGAUUUGGAGCAAGUUCUCCUCUCGCUGGUGGAGAGGAAGGAUUUGAGUGCAGCGCUGCCGCAGGGUCAGGUGUGUCACGAUGAACAGAGGCUGGAGGUGAUCUUCAGCGACCUCGCCCGUCACCGGGACGAUUCUCAGCAGCGUAGCUGGGCGCUUCAUGAGGACCACGCUCUCAUCGCCUGCUACCUCGAGGAGCUGCUGAAGAUACUGACUGAUGCAGAUCCAGAGGUGUGUAAGAGGAUGUGCAAGGCCAACCACUAUGAGAAUGUGCUGUCUCUGGUUUCAUAUUAUCAGAUGGAGCAUCGUGUGUCUUUGCGGCUGCUGCUGCUCAAAGUGUUUGGGGCGAUGUGCAGCCUGGAUGCUUCUCUCAUCUCCACCCUCGUCAACUCCAUCCUCCCGAUGGAGCUGGCCAGGGACUUACAGACUGACACACAAGAGCACCAGAAGAUGUGUUACACAGCUUUGGUACUUACUAUGAUCUUCUCAAUGGGCGAACAGGUGCCAUAUCAUCACUACGAACACUUGAAUGCUGACUUUGUUCAGUUUCUGCUGGGUGUGGUGGAGGACGGGCUUUCCUCUGAUCCCACAGAGCAGCUGCCUGACAUCUUCCUGAACCUCCUGCUGGCCUUCAACCUGCACCACACAGCACCCGGCAGCAAUGUGAUCAUGCAGGAGCUGAAGAAGAAAAAUGUCAAGAUCCUGUCAGAGAAAAUGCUGCUGCUUCUGAACAGAGGCGACGACCCUGUGUGUAUGUUCAAACAUGCCCCGCCUGCACCGCACUCAGUGCUCAAGUUUCUGCAGGAUGUUUUCGCCAGCCGAGAGACCGCUGACAUCUUCUACCGCACUGACAUGAUGGUGAUGAUUGACAUCGCCGUUCGACAAAUAUCUGACCUUUCACCUGGAGACAAGCUGAGGAUGGAGUAUCUCUCCCUCAUGCACUCCAUAAUACGCUCGACGGACUACCUCGAGCACCAGCACCGCCUGUCUGACCUGCAGGGGGUGCUGCAGAGGAUUCUCAGGGAGGAGGAAGAUCCAGGAGAGGAUGAAGGGAGCGCUACAGUGAAACAGAUGGAUAAGCUAAUUGUACAGCAGAUCUACAAGGAGUUCCCACAGAUCUGUCAGAACCAGGACUAACCAUAUCAGUAUUAGUCUCACACACUGUAGUCUGUUCCUGUCUACUGCAGGGAGGUACAAUAAAGUUUGAAAUAAGAAGAACUGAUGGUUGAUGGGACGCCCCAUAUUCUGUGCCAGCAUGUGCUGAGAGAAGUGAAUCAGUUUUGCCAAUGUUCUCUUGGACUUGUAGUCCACAGCUGCAGCAUGCUGCAUGCAGCAUAAUGCAUCACAACUUCUCCCUUCUUAAAUGAAUUUUAUUUGAAAAAGGAGUGGGGCUUUUUUCUCUGGUGUUCUUCAAGAAGUGAAAAAUGUGACAAAUGCACAAAAAACCUAUGAGAACCUCUGUCAUAGUAGGAGAACCAACUGAUCAACAAUCCAAGCCAAAAUAUAGGCCAAACAUUGGAGCUGUUUUACAGUGAAUUCCUUGCAAUAGUUCCUUGAAAAAGUAAGAAUUAACUGUAUAUUCUCAUAGUAUUUUGAAUUAAAAGUAACAGCAACCAUGACUAAUCCUUAUUCUAACCAAAAUAUCUUUAACCAAAAUGAUUUCAGAACAAAUUUAACAAAAAACAAUGAAAAAUGCAGAUUUUAAGUCAUGUUGAAGAUAAAUGUGCCAUUAUUUGAACUGUUGUGAGAAUACUCUUAUGUGCUUCCCUUGUAGUGGGACCAAACUACUGUGUGUUACUGCAGCAUUAUUUUCUUAACAGAGUAUAGUACUCUAAAAACUGACUUCCUCUUUCAUUCACCCCUUCGUUCAUUAUAAUUAGAAUUCAUGUCAAGUAGAAUGUGAUGAACAAGUGUACUAUUCUAGUGAGAAAAAAGCACACUCUGACUCAUGUGUUAUCAUUACUAAGCUUUUCGCUGAGUAACCUGCUGCUACAUAUUGAGUCUCUCCUGUGACGCCAUCUGCAGUUUUCUCAGUCUGGUACUUUUGUCUCUUUACUGCUUUUCAAACACUUUAAGAUGAUCGGUCUGUACUUACAUAUGCAAAGCUCCUCUAGCUUCAGAAGUCAUUGACUGUUUACAGAUAAAUGUAUGUAUGCUGUAUUCACAUUCAAACUAACUGUGCUGCAAUAAGGCUUUAUAUAGCAACUUCUAAUAUUGCUGUAAUAUUACAAGUCUUGGCUGUUGUGAGCUGUGGCUUUCUGGAGGGGAAAAAGUGUUCUGCAGUUAUUACUCAAGAUAAUACAUUAGUCAGUGUUGUUGAUGUCCAGUUAUUAUCUGAUGCUCCUACUGAAAAUCAAGACAAUGGAGAGGAAAUACAGGACAUUUCUUUUGUCUCCUAAUGGUUUUAAUACUUUAACAGCAACAUGUACCUUUCCUUGUUUCUUCCUCAUGAUGUAGUGAUUGAUCUUCUCCCAUCUUACACUUUAACAUAUCUGUUUUUGUCCCUGGCAUGGCUACCCCGUCUGGAAACAUAGUUCUGAGAAGGUAGACGCAAUCCAGAAGUGCUAUCAGUUUUUAGUUCAUUUCCAAGCAUUCAUUGAUUAUUUGUGUCUGUUUACCGUGCGUGUGAGAGAAGUGAGCAUCUCUUUUUUCCAUGAUUAACAUUGUCUGCAAAAAUGCUACGACUGUGUUAUAAUAAAACUAAUAAAGCUAUAUUUUAACAGUG